AAUAAAAAAAGCCUGUUCGUAUAAACACAUUAAUUAAUGAUGAACCUCCAAAAUGAUACUACUAAUGAAAGACAAUUGAGCCCAGAGCUUGCAUUGUAAAGAGUAUUCGAAAAUUGGGCCCAGAAGCCCGGUCCAAGCACUGGCUGUGGUACUGCUAAAAAUCAAAGCGAAGGCUGACAACUACCAGAGUGUUUUCUGUCAAUCGGUAAAUUCCAAAGAACAAAUCUGAACGACCCUCCCGGCCAGCCGGUGAACCGAUACCAUUAGCAGCUGAAUUAGACCGGACAUGGCGAACUUUUAUCUGAUCUGCCUAGCGGCGGUGCUGAUUCUGGUAGCAUCGACGGCGGCCUCCGCUUCUGACGGACCAUUCCUCGUAGCUCACAAGAAGCCCAUCCUCACAAGGCUAAAGUCCGGCUCCGAGCGCGUUUCUGUCUCCAUCGACAUCUACAACCAAGGAACUGCGACUGCAUAUGAUAUUUCUCUUAAUGACGAUAGCUGGUCUCCAGAUACCUUUGAUGUUGUCAGCGGCAAUACCUCGAUGUCAUGGGAAAGGCUUGACGCUGGGGGUGUUCUGUCGCAUUCCUUUGAAUUGGAAGCCAAAACAAAGACCCUGUUUUAUGGGGCACCAGCUCUGAUCACUUACCGUAUACCUACCAAGGCAACUCCGCAGGAGGCAUACUCAACUCCUAUCAUGCCCCUCGACUUACUUGCUGAUAGGCCUCCAGAGAAGAAGUUUGAGUGGGUAAGUCGUGAAAAAAACCUUUAGUUAUGAAAUAUGUACUUGUUUCUUCUUUUUAAAAAAUAAGAUAAAAAAUCUAACUGACUCUUACUUGGAUUCUCUGCAUGGAAUUUCCUGAUUGCUGUGGCACUUGAUAUUGUACAGGUCAAGGUACGAAUUCUUUUAUUGUUAGUUGGAUUUAAAAGUGGCAAAUCCUAGAUUUCUGUGGUUAUUGAUAUCAGUAUGGUGCUCUGGUUGCUAACAAUGUGGUGGUUUUAGAUCAAUUAAUUUGGGUUGUAGUAGAAUAUAGAUGAAGCUUGGUUAAGUGCUGCUAGGAUAUGCAUCCUUGAGACAUUUUGACUGUGUUUGCUAACUAGAUCUCGUGUACUAAUUGCAGAGGUUGUUGGCAAAAUAUGGAUCCUUAGUCUCUGUUAUCUCAAUCGUGACCUUGUUUGUGUACUUGGUUGCAACCCCAUCCAAAUCCAACGUUACGAAAGCAAGCAAGAAGAAGCGCUGAAUCUCGGAGGAAAAUGUAGCAUUUCCACUCACUCAAACCUCUGGGCAUCGUGUUUCUGUAGGACUGUUGCUGGCUCAAACCUAGUUUCAGUUUUGACAUAGCCAAGAUAGUUAAAAAAACUCAUUUCGGCAUCAAUGGGUUGAGUUGUAAACUUGAUUUAUUAUUUUACUUUUAACGUUUUUAGAACAGUUUUGUGAUUCGAUUUUGAGUUUGAUUUGAAUUUUUUAAAAAUACUGAUGUUUGUGGUAAAAUGGGAGGCAAUAACGUGUGGUAAACUUAAAGCAGGGUAGUUAGGCCCCAAUCCGGGAGGGAAAGAGAAGUAUAACCCAUGGUUUGUAAUGGCGGAGUAUUGUAGGGGGGUUGAUAAUUAAGUGUGAGUGCGGAGUGGUUUAAAGCUGUGGCUCAGUCCGUAGCGCUUGAACUCAUUUCAGAUCUCUCUCAAAUGAUGGGAAGAAGAAGGGAAUAACCAGAAAAGUUGGAACAGACUAAACCGCAAGAACUAUGCAGUUCUGAGCUUGUGCAUUCCUUUGUUUCUGACUUUCUGGGCUUUGUCAUUGUCUUCUUAUUUUCUUGGAUGCUUAAAGUGUUUCUGGUUUGUACCCCUAACUUAUUAUUCCACAAUUUAUUGGAUGCCGCCAGACACGUCACGUUUUGCCCAAGGAAAGUUCCUAAUAUUUUC